UCUAAAGAGGGGUCACUGAAGCAGAAUCAAUUGAAAGCAUUUUCUUCUUUUUCUUUCUUCUAUGGCUUUCUCAGCAACCUUUUCGAAUAGCUCAUUUUCAUACAUUUCUACACUUCUACACUCGCCAGCAAGAAGAAUCCCAUUUCGACUACGAGUAGUUAAAGCUGAAAAAUCGGCCGAACCCGCAAGUGAUCAGAAGCUUACAGAGACAAAAACUCAAGAAGUUUCUACCAAUUCUCAACCUGCAUCAUCCACGAGUCCUCCUCCUAAGCCCAAAAAGCCUGUAUAUUCAAUGAAAAAGGGGCAGAUUGUGAGAGUGGAUAAGGAGAAGUACCUUAAAAGUAUCAAUUACUUAUCUGUUGGACAUCCACCUUAUUAUAAAGGUUUGGACUACAUAUAUGAAGAUAGGGGGGAGGUGCUGGACAUUCGGAUAUUUGAGACAGGAGAGUAUGCGCUGAUUGGAUGGGUUGGAAUACCAACUGCACCAGCUUGGCUUCCAACAGACAUGCUUAUCAAGUCCGAUAAGCUAGAUUAUGAAAGAAUGUAAGGAUUCAGAGGCACAGCCAGAGAAAUGGUGAUCUUAAUAUUUCAAAACUAGGAGAGGAUACCAUGUUUUGAAGUACAUGUGAAUUUUACAGGCUCUUGCUUUCUUACUAGCCAUUGUAGCUUAACAUAAUAUUGCAGUGACCGUAAACCAAAUUAUCUGCUUUGAGACUGUGGCUUUGAUUUUUGGUCAUUGAAUGGCUUUAUCAGGAGAAGAAAAUGCUUCCAAUUGAAAACAUUUUCAUGGAGGGUAUGAACUACA